AUGGAAAGCCAAACCGUUUCGAUGAAAGUUAUUGGCGUACUAGCGUUGCAAGGUGCCUUUCUGGAGCACGCAAACCAUCUAAAAAAGUGCCUGGCUGCUAACGACUACGGAGUAGGGAUAGACGUCAGGAUCAUAAAGACACCCGAGGAGCUGGCCAAGUGCGAUGCUCUCAUUAUCCCCGGUGGAGAGUCCACCUCGAUGUCGCUCAUAGCUCAAAGGACAGGUCUAUACCCUCACCUAUACAAGUUCGUUCACAAUCCAGAAAAGGUGAUUUGGGGUACCUGCGCGGGAUUGAUCUUUCUAAGUGCGCAGUUAGAGAACGAAAAUGCUCUAGUGAAGACGUUAGGUGUGUUAAAAGUCGACGUAAGAAGAAAUGCAUUUGGAAGACAAGCACAGUCUUUUACUAAAGAGUGUGACUUUUCCAAAUUCAUCCCUGGCUGCACUGAUUUUCCCGCCACCUUUAUUCGUGCCCCCGUUGUAGAGGAAAUUUUGGAUCCUAUUGCGGUUAAAAGUUUGUACGAAUUGCCAAUGAAUGGGAAGAACGUGGUUGUAGCUGCACAGCAAGACCAUAACAUCCUUGUGACUUCUUUCCAUCCAGAGCUGGCUGAGAACGACAUAAGAUUCCAUGACUGGUUUAUCAGACAAUUCGUUUCUAUUUGA